AUGAGUCCCCUGCCCAUCAGGCUGCGAGACACGCCUGCGCAAGUGCAGGAAAAGCUGGGGCUCAGUGACCGGCAAUUUGACAACUUCAAGAACUUUGCUCGUCAGGUGCAUAACGAAUACUGUGCCGCUCGUCCCCAUUCCAGGUGGGCCGAUGUCCGGGUUAGUUGGACCGCUCUACCAGAGGAAGAGAGGCUCGACGUGAUCCGACUCAUGUAUAACCUGUGUCUCGAAUCCAACCUAUUCCCUCCCACCUCCCAGCGAUCGACAAUCGAGGCCGGUAUUGAACAAAGACUGCACCAGGUGCGGCGGACAUGGCAGCAAACGUCAAGGACAAGGAUGAGGCCCGCAGCACGA